AUGUCGGAGGCCACCCCCAAGCCACAGAAGCCGAAACACCUUGUCUCGAGGGCCUUCAGCUCUGCAACCGUCGAGGAAGCGCUUACCUUGGUGGAGCUGCAGCAGGUGAAAGAGGAGCUGGCCCAAGCUGAGAUUGAGGCUGUCGAGGCACAGUUGGAGAUCGCGAAGCGCGAGGCCGGAGCCACGCCUUCCCCCAAGCCUGUGGUGAAGAGGCGCAAAGCGGACGAUAGCGAGACGGGGGUGACGGGGGACACGGUUGAGACUUCGAAGAUGACUGAGACCCAAGUCUCGGAGACCCUCUUACAGAACGACGAAGUGCUCUUCACAGCCUUGAAAGAUCAACUCGGCAGCCCUGCCCCAGACACUGCUGAGAAGACCCUGGCUGUGCUAGAUGAUGGGUACGAUGUUGCUAUGAUGUUGGUUUCCCCUGCGAAACCAAAGCAUCUGUUUGCCUCUCCAGCAAAGAGCCCUGUCGCGACUCCGUCGAAGACCCCCGCAAAGACUCCAUCGAAGACCCUUGCGAAGACUCCAUCGAAAACCGCCACGAAGUCUUUAGCGGAGGCAUUGGCAGAAGCCGAGACGCAGGUCAGCCCAAUUAGGGUUGGGGACACACUGGCCAUGGAGUUCUCGCCGCAAUGCCCCACCACGAUAGACCCGUACGACGAGGAUGCUGUCGUGCAACCGCCGCCAGUGGCUGUCAGCGCAACCUCGUGCACGGCGGGUGUGAAGGGUCCGGGGAAAGCCCUUGAAUCUGCAGAGGCGGAGCAGGCGCUCCAGGUUUCAGCUGCUCCCGAGAUCCUAGAGGCCGUGGUAGGAAAGCCGGCCCCCCAACAGGGCCCUGAGGUUCCCGAAAACCCAGAGUUGGUCCCGGAGGCUCCAGAUAAGGCUCCCUCCCCGAGUGAAGCUGAUCCCAAUGCUGCUGAGAUUGCCCGACUCAAAGCUAUGAUCGCGAAGCUGAUGCCUUUGGCACAGAAGUAUGCUGAGCACAACCCUCAGGAACAGUUUGACCGUGAGGUUGCAAGGGCCGCCUCAAACGCAAACAACGUCCCGCCUCCAGCUGAGACGGAGGAGUGUGCAGCUUGCGAGGAUGAAGAUGGCAAUCAUGUCGGCCAUGAGGCAGCCAGACAGCGCCUCCGCAGAAUGUGCACUCCCAAAGCCAACGGACGUCUACUAGUCCCCAAAGAGGUUCGGGAGAAGUAUGUCAAUGGAGGGGCGGAGAGGGAGAAGCUCCUCACACUCCUUAUUAAAGCCCGCUUCAACAAGGAGUGCAUCGAUCCUAGCUAG